CUUUCCUUGCUCCUUCCCCAACGCAUCAUCCUUCCAUUGCCGGACCUCAAAUUCCCAAUCCAGGGGAUGCGAAGACGUCCGAGAAUAGCCUCCUCACAUACCAUCUGAGGCAAGAAAAGCUACUGCUCCGACGAUCGCCGCGCGCGGCGAGAAGAAGCAACCAUGUGUGGCUGCUGCGACGGCUGCGGCCAGGCCGUCUGCUGCUGCAUCCCCUACGGCGUCCGCGAGGACAUCAAGGGCUGCCUCAUCCUCCUCGCCGUCGCCACCGGCCUCGUGGCCCUCGCCGGCGUGGUCAUCGUCAUCGUCAUCUUCGGCGGGCCCCUCCGCCACGUGCGGAUCACCGUGGAGGACGCGUCCCUCACCCGCUUCGCGCUGGUGAGCGCGCCGCCGGCGACGACGGCGCUCGCGUACAACCUCACGGUGGCGCUGACCGUCCGCAACCCGAACUGGGCCAUCGGCAUCAAGCACAACAAGCCGCUGGUGGCGGCGUACACCUUCGACGGGCAGCCGUUCGAGCGCGUGCAGGUCGCCGACAAGGGUGAGAAGCUGGGCGCCCGGAAGACGGUGGUGUACCGCCUGGCCUCGGGCUCGGAGGGCCGGGCGGUGGCGCUGGGCAACGCCGGGGAGGCCAAGUUCAGGAAGGAGAACGCGACGGGGGUGUUCGAGGUGGAGGUGGCCGUCACCGGCAAGUUCAAGUACACGCUGCGCAAGACCAAGUGCAAGAUCGAGGCCACCUGCCCGCUCAAGCUGCAGCUCGCGCCGCCGGGGACGACGGCCGUCGUGUUCCAGAAGGUCGACUGCAAGCUCGCCAAGUCGGAUGACAAGUACUGCUAGUCUAGACUCUAGAGGUGGCUUGAUUUGGAUGGAGCCCAUGUGUAUGGGGUUUGCUUGGUUUGUUUGUGUUUUCUACACCAUUGUUGGUACUGGUUGAGGUUGAAUUGCGUGUUCUGUGAAUUUAUUCUUUUGCUUCGAGAUGUAUGGACAAGAUUUGCUUUCGAUCUUGAAAUUUGAACAGUCGAUGUUUCGAUCUUUUGCAUCGAAUUUCCUUA